AUGAUAAGUAGAAGUCGAGAAAAAUUAGAAAAUUUAAAACAACAAAUAUUAUUAUCAAAAAAAACUAUUGUUGAAAAACAACUAAUUGUUAAACCAUGCGAUGUAACAAAUAAAGAUGAAAUGAUUAAAAUUUUUAACGAAGUAUAUAAUACAUAUAAUGGCAUUGAUAUUGUAUUUGCAAAUGCUGGUGUUUCUUUUCGAGACCUAUCUUUACAAGAAUCAUUUGACAGUGCAGUGCGGAACGUAUUUAAUAUCAACGUUAAUGGUGUUAUAAAUACAAUAUUACCGAUUAUUGAUUUAUGGAAAAAACAAGUAAAUACAAAUGUAGAAAACAACGAAGCAAUUGGUCAAUUAGUGAUUAUUUCAUCACAAGCAGCACAUGCCCCAUUUGUUAGUCCAAUCUAUGGUUCUACUAAAGAAUGUGUAAGAGCACUCGGAUUUGAUCUUAGACAUUUAUUAGUCAAAUAUAAGAUAUGCGUUAACAUUGUUUCUCCAGGUCCCGUUUUAUCGCCAAUGUUGAGUAGUUCAACAGCAGGAAUGAAGUCGUUAGCGUGCACACAAGAACAAGCUGCCAGUUAUAUUUAUCAUGGUUUAAAAGGAAACCCAGCUGAAAUCGUCUUUCCAUAUUUUACUGCUGUUAUGCAAUUUGCUAUACAAUAUUUACCUGACUUUAUACAAAUACCGAUAGCCUUUUAUCUUGCAAACGGAAUUAUGAAAAAAACAAAGAUCAGUAAAGUGGAAUAA